CUUUAUCAAGAGCAAACUUAAGGUCUGAUUUUCGCACAACAUGAAUUUCUUUAUUGGUGUCUUGGUUCUGGGGACACUCUGCCAAAAUACUCUGGCAAGAGGCCUGGACAAUCCAGUCUUAGAUGACUUUGAACGGAGACUGGUGCGAUUGGAAGCUCGGCAAUUCUCGGAAAGGGAAAACCUGGAGCACAGGAUGCUCAAACUAGAAACGCAUCUUGGAAUUCAAAACGGAGAAGAAACGCUGGAAAGAAGCCCCCUGGAACGAAAUCUCUAUACAAUUUCACAUGAGAAAAAGCCCGCCGAAGGUAUAAAUUUUAUUGAGAGACUCGAAAAACUGGAGAAGAGCUGGGAGAAGAAGUUGGAAGAGCACCUGAAGAAACUCUCCUCGAAACAUGAGGAUCUGUCAAAGAAGUUUUCUGUUAUUAAAAGACAGCUAGAGGAAAGGCAAAGGAAGGCUUUAUCUAAAAAUGUCAAUACUUUUGUGGAGAAGGCGAAGAAAAAGAGCGAAGACCUCGAGCAGCAAGAAUUUCUGUUAGUUAAAAAACCAAUCAACAAAAAGUUUUCGGAAACUGGAUCUGGCUUUGGUGAAUCAGAACCGGAAUUUGGAUCUGGAUUUGGUGAAUCAGAUUUGGAAAUUGAACAAUCUAGGAAAAAAAUGUUCCAGAGAAUCGGCCAAAAGUAUUACUUUAUUGAAAAGGAUGAAGAAAAAAAGAAAAGUUGGGGCGCCGCUUUGAGUUACUGCAAACAACUGAAUGCCCACUUAGCCAGUCUUGAAAACAUUGUCGAAUGGUUUGCUCUAAGGAACAACCUAGAGUUGGGCCAAGGCUACUGGAUUGACAUUACUGAUCAGCUUACUGAAGGGACGUUACUUUCCGCCCUGGCAGCUCCUGUCCUCAAUUGGGGCUAUAAAGAACCCAGCUCAAGCCCUUUAGACAAAGAUUGUGUCGAGCUGGAUAACCGUAUUCAUCCUAAAAUGAAUGACACGAAUUGUAUGGAUGAAGUGUUGUACGUUUGUGAAUUGAAUUAAAUAUUAAUUAAACA